UCAGUUUUCAAAAAUAGACGAGCCAGGAAUAAACCAAAACUUCAGUCGCGAACCAGACCAACUUCGAAAAACACUUCACAGAGCCGUUUCACGAGUGCAGUGCGCAAAAUAUACAGACGAAGAAGGAUUUUCCAAUGAACUGUUCGGAUUAGAGAGCCAUGGAAUUUUCGAAAAAUUACCGUGUCGAAAUUGCCGAAACUCAAAAUGGAGAGCCCCGCUAGGAAGGUUAAGAAAGCGAAAAGAGAUCCGCGGGUACCAAUCAAGACAUACAAGUGGGAGGACGUCAAGAGAUCUCGCUCAAAAGGUGGGUACCCGUGGACGUACCUCUACAAGGAACCAUUUGACGAAGAACUAGACCCAGAACCGUACACGAUGGAAGGCAUGCGAAAAAGUAAAAGCUCUUCGACGAUGGGCAAAUCUGACGUCGAAAUAUCUGAGGUGAUGGACACCGAUACAAAUCCACAUGCCGAAGAACCUCACGAAAAAUCCGACGAAUUGCAAAUUAUCACCGAACCUGAUGAGCAUUCCAUUAAACGUAGCAAUAGUUCUUUAGUCAUAGAAGAAUGUGAUGGUAACGAUAAGGAUAAACAAAGUCCUGGAAUAUUCUUCCUCGAAUCUGCCGAAAGCUCGGACGAUAUAAGCCAAUAUCUCGAUAAAGAGGAUCGUAGUCCAACGGGAAAACGAAAAAACCAAGAAACUCCUAUGGAGGUAACUAUGGCGGAAGAAAAAGAAGAGGAGCCUCAAACAAGAAAAAGAAAACUAUCAGCAGAAAGCAGUUACAGCAGAAUCAGUCAGACUAAAUCGGCCAUCUUGAAAAAGAUCAAGGACACCAAAGCCAAAAUAAAAGUUCCCAAGAUAUCUUUCCCGACGUCAAAACUUAAGAAGUCUCCUCCGAAGAAAAAAACUAACACGCCUCCCGAAACAAAAAAAGAAAUCAAGAAAAAUAACACCCCUCAAAAUACGAAGCCCUUAUAUAUUCACAUACCACUGAAACCUCUCCCAGGUGAGGAAGAUGAGUUCUCACAUCUCGAGUUGGGAUCAGACCAAACGAAGAAACAUCAACCUAAGAAACCAGGAAGCUUCAAGGAUCUUGUGAAGAACCUGAAGCAACUGAAAGAUGUCAAAAACGAUUCGAUUAAAGAGGAAAUGGAAACAGAAGGGGCCACUCAAACAGACAUUAGUACAGAAAGAACCAGCAAAGGAGAAGAGGCCAACGAAGAUGAAGACACCGAAACUGUAGAAGACACCAAUGUAGGAGAAACGAAAACAGAAAACAAGAAAGAUGCAAAAGUGAAAAAAGAGUCCAAGUUAGAUAAAAAUAUCAAAGCACAAACGAUUACCAAGAAAGAAAUAGUCGUUGAUGAAGAAAAAGGAAAGAAAACUGAAGAAGACACGAAGGUGCAUGUAGACUCGAAGCAAACGGAUUUCAAAAUGAAAACAGAUCCUGUAGGAAAAGAAGAAUCUGUGGUAGACAUCAAAGUAGAAACAAACAUUAUCGAAAACAAGCGUAGGGUACAAGCUGAUGGAGAUUCUGAUACUAAAAUUUUAGUGAAAAAUGAAGAGGUCAACUUCGAAAUGAAGGAUGAAGCUCGUUUCUACAGCCCUGAACAUCAAAGUCAUCAACAACAAGGUUUAUCAUCUUUCGGAGAAGUCGAUCCUAUAAAUUUUAAAAGACGUAAAUCUCCUGAAGACCCUCCAAAUAUGGAAGUCAUGGAACCUGAGGAAGAAAAUGAUAAUGUUGCACAAGUCGAAGAAGCAAAAUACAAUGACAUGUUCGACAAGCUUUUUGCAGCCACCACGUCCAAAUCUGACGCAGAGACACAAAGCGAAAGGAAGGGACGGUCCAAAUCGGCAGAACCCGAAAGAAAGAGGAAAGUUUCUCUCGAAAGCAGUUAUAGCAGAAAAAGUCUCUCAAGGUUGGGUGUGAUGAAAAAGCUGAAAGAUGCUUCUGAUAAAAUAAAGAAUGCACUGACGCGGUCCAGUUCUAAGAAAGAGGUCAAACCGAAAGAAGAGAAAAUAGUUAAAAAAUCUAAACAGCUAAAACCUCUGACACCUGUUGAGCCAGUCUACAUUCAUAUCCCCCUGAAGCCGCCCGAAGGGGAAAAAGACGAGUUCUCACACGUCCAAGCCGAAGAAGGUUUGAAAACUCCCGAUACGGACUCAACUACUACCGACAGCCCCGUACAAAGUGGAGUGCAAUUCAUAUUCUUGACUGCACCAUCCGACGAAGAAGUGCUAGACUACAACAGUUCUGAUGUACCUGAAACGCCUUCAUCAGAAAACAAACGCUUUUUCGGGAGCAGAAUAAGUGAACUCAGGGAACUUGCUAAAGGAGCAGUUGAUGAGAUCGCAUGUCCUAAACAUAAAUUGGAAUCGGUCAGCGAAGAAGGCAGUGACAAGUUUUCUGUUGAAGAAGGGAACAAUCGACAAGAAAGUGAGGUUGUUACUCUGCCUGAGGAUGAAAAUGCUAGAAAGGAAGUGAAAGAUAGUGCUAGAAAUGUUGAAAUAGAAAGUAACUCAGAUCCCAUUGGCAUUAUACUCAAAGAAAAGGCUACUAGCAAAGAUUCAGAGAAAGAGGCUAUUCAAGUUGAUGAGGAAGACGGUUUGAGUGAACCUAAAACAAUGAAGAAGGACAAUUUCUCAGAAGAAAAGUUGGAAGAUGACAAGAAACCGUUACAAGUACAAAAUGAAGCCAACCUUCCAGAAACCACAGCUUCGACAGAAAAGGAGGAAACCACCGGAGCUCAAUCUCUCGAACUUAGGUCAAGCUUGAAAGGAGACGGUUCACCGGUCAUGAAGAAGAAAGUUUCUUUCAAACGUCGUUCGAAAGUGAGCAAAGAGGGAAGCUAUGAGGACAUCCAAGUCAUCAGCUCCGAUGGUGACGAAGGGAAGGAGUUGAAGUUUCCACGAGGUGGUCUGGACAAUACUCAGUCGAUGUCUGUUGACGAAGAGAAGAGUUAUUUGGACGAUAAGAUCGUCAAGAAUUCAUCUCUCGAGGAGGACUACAACAAAUGGUCUAAAAUAAGUGACCAUGAAUACGAGCCUGUGAACCCACCGCCGGAAAACGUCGAAAUAAUCCCCAGAGUGAAGAUAUCCGAGAACCCCACAGUUUGCAUAAUAAAUAGCGAUCAAAUAUCCAACAACUCACAAUCGUACAACUUCGCAGAAGAGGAGGCCUACAAGCAAGACCCAGCCUUCUUACUUAAGUUCCAGAAAAACAGCAAACUGGUGCACAGUCCAUCUACAAAACCAAAAGAAGAUCAAAGUCAGAUACCACUAGGAGAAGAAGCCUACAUGCAAGACCCGGCAUUUUUACUUAAAUUCCAGAAAGACAGCAAACAGGUCCACCGAUCGGGAUCGAGAGAAGGCCCGAGCAAAUUCCAACAAGCCAUAAAACAGCGAGCUGACAACUUGAAAGUCAGGCUACACAAUAUUAAAAAACCUCACUUAUCCCUACCAGAAAGGCCAAAAUUUCACAAGCCAAACUUCCAGAAAUUCAAUUUGCCCAAGUUACCAGAGAGCGCCAAGAUAAACUUACCAUCCUUCAAUUUGCCACGACGAAACAAUGCGAAACGGUCUGUGAGGGAGCGACACCUAUCGACGGAAUCCAAUGACGGAGAUUCCAAGAAACCUAUCUUCGACUUCAGCACCUAUCCCAGAAUCUUCAAAAAGAAACCAAAGGAUCAAGAUCUAGUCGAAGAGGACAUUCCGAGUUUCGCUACUGUUCCAAGAAAGAAAAAGCCCGACAAGCCUAAAACGGAUGACAGUAGAUGGAGCGCGGGUAGCGAUUCCGUGAGAGUGCCUCUUCACUCGGAAGAUUCUAUGGAUGCCGAUAAUGGAGUGGAUAAUAACAAGGAAUCCUACAUCCGCGGUGACUCGAUUGAAGAGAACGAACCAUCUCAUAUCAGAUACGACGAAGAUAUCGAUAGUGACGAUGCGUACGAUAGGGAGAACAGGGAGUUGAAUAGAGAACGAGAUUUUUUGAAGAGGUGGGAUCAAGGUACGUACAAUGCAGAGGACCACGAGUACAUCGAAAACAUGAGAAAUAAGCAACCUAGAAUAACAGACCUAGACUCCCCGGAAGAACCACAGGAAAAAGACUACCCCCACUUCCAAGGAAAUAACAACGGGGAACACUACUCCUCGGGUAGUUCGCAAGGCAUGCAUAGACAGGGGGUCCUAGAGGAGAUAAACCCUGACGAGUUCUUCUUGCGGCAGAAAGGAAUAUCUCAGGACAACAUCGAGGUGGGGAUGUACCUCAGUUCCGAGAUACGAGAAGCUUUUAGAACGCCAGUGAAUGCUCUAUCGCAAAUGCAGGGAAACAACGUCUUCGAGCUGAGGGAUUCCAAUCAGUCCCUGCCGGAAAUGCCUGUUAAGAGAAAGUCUCUGAAAAAGCCGAAAAGAAAGAAGACUCCUCACACCUCCCAGGAAAAAAUAAUCCCUUAUGACGAGGAAUCCGCAGAAGAUGAGCUCGGCACUUUUCCACCCCCUAGGCCAACUCGUCGAAGCAGGCGUUGCAAGAAGCACAAAAACGCAGAAGAUCUCAUCCCCUACCAAGAAACGAUAUCAUUGGAUAUCCCUGAUGACGGUAGACUGGUCCAGCACCGAGAAAGUCUAGGGAUUCUAGGUGACGACGAACAAGACGAAGAGGUGACAACCUACGAGAAUGAGAAGAUGAAGGGGAAAGAACAACCUGACAUCAGUAUUACCGACCAGUAUAAGAACUUCGAGUUCGCUGAUGAGGAGGAUGUUAUGGAGGAUUUACCGUCAGCUCCUCCGCGGAAGCAGAAGAGUUUGAAAAGCUUGAAUAUGUCAGAAAGUGAUUCGAUAAUGGGCGACUUUAGUUCCAACAGAGCUAUAUUCAGUUCAGAAACGGAUAUCCACGAGCCCGAGAUAAAAGCAAUACGGACAGGAUCAAAAGUAAUAAUACCAAUAGAAACCGUAGUUCCGACAAGACCUUCAAGAACACUAUCACGAACCAACUCCCAAUCCAGAGGAACUUUCCAGAAGGACGACGAAAACAUAUCUCUCAACACCGAGUCCUUAGCGUCAGAAAAUCAAAUCCCCUGUGUGGAAGAACCGUGCUUGAAAGAUCUGAGAGACUCCAUGGGGUACGCCAUAAUCGACAAAUCGAAAGCUAGAGACCCUCCGUUGCCUCCACCAAGAAUUCCAACCCGACGUAAGAGGUCAUUUAGGAAUGAAAACGAUAGAAAUUUCUUCACCGUUCCCAGGUCAUCUCGUAAUGGAGACACCCCUGUCAGGCCUCUGAGAAAUUACAGUACAUUGGGACAUACCAAGAGAGGCAGCGUCCGCUCAAAUACCUACGAAAACAAAGAAAAUAUUGAUAUCAGCCAAUAUAUUGAGAUUGAAGAUGAACCUAAUAGAGACUUGCACUCCGGUGCAGUCAUAAAAAAAAUGAAGGACCGUCCAUUGCCACCCCCUCCUAGACCUCCGAGAAAAUCCCGACCUCUCCGUGACAUCACUUCACAAGAAAAUAUCAGAGCAGAGUCUAACACCGAAUUAGAUAAAGUCACGACAGAAGAAGCCGAAGUAUCGACUCAAACAGAACCUCUUCCGGAUGAUUUCAUCUGCGAAGAAGUGGUUCAAGAACCAACAGAUACAAUCAUUAUUCCUACAAAAAAUCAAGAUACUCUGUUUCUUCCGGAUAAUGUACUAGACCAGAUCGUACAAGUAUCAACUCCUGAACGAAAAGCACCUCUAGCAGUUCUCGAUGAUCAAUUAGAUCAAGAAACAAUUUCAAAACCGAUCAAUUUUCAACAAGAGACGAGAACAGAUAAAAGCAUAUCUGGCCAAAGCAAUCAAGUCAUUUCCAAGGAAGGGGUGAAAGAAGAGGUAGAAACAAUCAUAUCAACUCCUAGAAGAGAAAAACCUACCAUAGAAAGACGUUUAAUCACGCCAACAGUCUAUUCUUAUGAAGAAACCGUCACACAUGGGUCACUAGUGGUUCAGCCUCUCGACGGGGCUAAGUUACUACCAGAUACUGAAAUAUCCAACAUGAGAACCAUACCAGUUCACAUGGAAGAUGACUUGGAAGAAACUUCCUCUAUCCCUGAAGAGUUCAAUAAGCUCACAGAUCCUUCCCCGGGAUUGAAUCCUGAAAUACAAAUACAAAGUGGCGUCAAACCUAGUGAAUUCGACGUGCUCAAAGCUCAUAAGCUGCAAGUCUCCGACUUGGAUGUUGAUAAAUUAACAGUUAGCAAAUUACAUGCGGAUAAAAUAAUAGUAUCGGAAAUUGACAGCAGCAGUAUCCAAACGAAUGAAAUUUCAUCCAAAACGGGUGCGCUGAAAGUUGGGGAAAUCACUUUACCCCCUGAAGUGAUUACACAAAUAAUAGAAACGAUAAAAAGCAGUCAAGUGGAAGAGUCAACAAAAUCGGAGGUACAAAAAAAAACUUCGAUUUCAGAAAGUCCUAAUAUGACUGAUGAAUCUCCUGGUGGAUCUAGAGACCCAUCUGAAACGAUAAUUGAAAGCCCUGCUGAUAUACCUGAGACUUUUAAAUCACCCAAGGUUGAGUCGCCAGGAGUCUUAGAGGUACAAGAAGGUCCCGCUGAAGGGUUCAUCGAUCCAGUAAGUCCUUCUGGGCAACUUCAUGCACAGAAAAGUCCUCUUGAAGAAUUAAGUGUCGAAGAGAGUUUCUCAAACGAGGCAGAUCUACAAGAACGCUCUCAAGAGAGCCCUUCCAGAAAAAUAUGUGACUUAGAAGGCCUUAGUGGAGACCAAAAUGUACCAAAGGAUAUUUCUGAACACUUUGAUGUGGAAGAAAGACCUUCGGAGGAAGUGAAUGUACAGGAAAAACCUCCUAACGACAUUUGCACCCAGGAAUCUGAACAUGAAAUGUUAAAUGAACCAGAAAGUUCCCCUAGAGAAUCAAAAGUACUGGAUUGUCCGCUCGAAGAGUAUUGUCCAAAAAGCAGUGUUCUUGAAGAUCAAACAGUUAACCAGUUUUCACGUGUUGCAGCUAAUAUUGAAGAACGUCCUCCAAGACCCCCACCUAGAUACUCUGAUACAACAGAGAACAUUAAUGUGUCAGGAAAUUUUGCUGAAAACCUAGAUGUACAUGAAUCUCUUCCAGAAGAACAUGGCGUUCAAGAAACACCUCCAAAGCCCCCACCUAGAUCUUCCGACGCGAAUUCUUUCCGCAAAAGAACUCCUCCUCCUAAUCGUCCCCCUCGAAAUUCAGAAAAACUCAGAACAGGCUCCAGCUCCACCCAAGAAGAAUCUCUGCAAGAACCGGACGUGGAUGACGUUCCCCCUCCCCGACCUCCACAGCCUCAGCUGGAGUACAUCCCCUCACAACCUCCCGCAAGUUUUUACGCCCUCAGAGCGCAGAAAUACGUCGAUACCCACGGUGAAAGCAUUCCCACUGUACCAAGAAGGAGAGGACACGCGAAAUCUAAGCAACGGUCUAGAUCUAGCUCAGAGGAAUCUUCUGUCGUCACUCCUCCUUCAAGACGGUUUCACAGGAGAUCCAGCGACCUUUCCAUCGCGACUCUUUCGGGUCAACUCGUUCGGGUGUGCGGCGCAGAGGUUAACAAUUCACUGAGAAGACUGAUAACGUAUAUUCUUAACAAUGUUGUGAGGAAUGAGGACGGCAAACAAGACUUGAAUGUUAUGAUAAUGAUAGUGGUGGUGUUGAUUGCUGGACUGAUUUUGUUGGGUUACGGGGACGAAAAGACUGUUGUGCAUAUGCACCAUUGGGAGUAUUUUAAUCCUCCUGGUGACACGUAACCCUUCCCCUCUCUUUCGAUUAUAAGAAAGUUGUUUGAUUGUUUUAUAAUUAAGACGAGAAAAUUAUGUUCAUACAGGAGUUAUAGCUGAUAAGAUAUGUUGAAAAUAAAUAACCAAAAAACAC